UAAUAACAACAGUCAUCUCAAGUGGCACUUAAAUAACAUCACGUGUAACAUGUCAAAGCUAUUACAGCUCUUGACAACACUUCCCUCCAUUAAGAGCCUCAGUUUACAAAAUAACAACAUUACCAGCCUUGAUGCAAUUCAUGCAUUGAGAAAUAUUAGCAACUUGAAGAGUUGUUUCUUGACUACUCUUACCUACACAAGGACUUUCUUCAAAGUAUUGGACCAAUGAACUCGCUCAAAGUAUUAUCAGUGAGUGGAACACAAUUAAGAGGCACUUUACCUAAUAAAGGUUGGUGUGAACUAAGGAAACUCGAAGAGCUUUGGUUUAAUGGAAAUCAAUUGGAUGGAACACUUCCACCAUGUUUGGGAAAUUUAACAUCCCUUAAUUUGAUUGACCUCUCUCAAAAUAGGUUUGUUGGAAACCUUGGACCUUCAUCUCCACUUUCGUCACUCAUAUCACUCAAAUAUCUUUUUAUUUUGAGUAAUUCCUUUGAAAUCCCAAGCUCAUUCACGGUCUUUGCUAACCAUACCAAGCUUAGGGGCAUUCGUGCUAAUGGAAAUAGGGCAAUUACUGAAACCGAGUUGCAAAGUUGGGUUCCUAAGUUCCAACUAGAUUUCUUUACUAUGUCUAAUUGCACCGGCUUUCAAAAUUUGCCAACAUUUCUUCACUACCAGCAUGAUUUAAGGGUCCUUGACAUCUCUAUAAACAGUUUAGAGGGAGAAUUUCCGAACUGGUUGUUACAAAACAACACAAACCUUUAUUAUGUUCUCAUGAACUCCAAUGCUUUCACAGGAACCCUUGAGUUGUUGUCACAUCUUAACCAUGAUUUGUCGAUAUUUGAUGUUUCCAACAACAAGUUGAGUGGAAAAAUUCCUAACAACUUAACUUUAACAUUUCCCCAUAUUGUGACGAUGAACCUCUCCUACAACUUGUUUGAGGGCCAGAUACCUUCCUACCUUGGCAACUCAAAAGAGCUAUUGUUUCUUGAUUUGUCAAACAAUUCAUUCACGGGGGAAAUUCCAAAGGAGUUGUUGAUAGGUUGUUCCUCAUUGAAGAUUUUUAAACUGUCAAACAAUAAGUUGGAAGGAGAAAUAGUCCAAGAAUUUGGCUACUUAUCUUCACUAGAGGGCUUCUAUCUUGAUGGUAAUAAUUUCACAGGCACCACAUUGGAUAGCCUUUCUAAUAUCCCCUUUCGCAUUUUGGAUAUUAGUGACAACAAGUUUUCAGGAAAAAUUCCAAGAUGGAUGGGUCACAUAACAAGUUUGGAACAACUCACUUUGUCCAGGAAUCAUCUUGAAGGUCCUAUCCCUAUUGAGUUUUGUAACUUAGAAAACCUCUCUAUUCUAGACUUAUCAGAGAACAACUUAACAGGGUCGAUUCCAUCAUGUCUCAACCCAUCGUCCAUAAAGCAUGUUCGCCUCAGUAAAAAUCAACUCUCUGGUCAACUCAAUCGUGCAUUUUUUAAUAGCACUACGUUGGUGAUAUUUGAUCUCAGUCAUAAUGAUUUUGUUGGAACAAUUCCAGAAUGGAUAGGCAAUUUCUCUGGGUUGACCAUUCUUCUCCUCAAUGGAAAUCGUUUUGAAGGUGAGAUUCCAAUUCAAAUAUGUCAACUCAUGAGAUUAAGUGUGUUGGAUUUAUCUAAUAACAUACUAAGUGGUACGAUCCCCCAUUGCCUGGGUAAGAUGCGUCUAGAAGUAACUAAUGAAAAAUCCACAGCAAUCAAUUUGCCACUUACCACCUUCGGCGUUGGGAUUCCAUAUGACACUCCAUUCUCAACAAAUGACGGGCCUCCUAAGGUGGAAUUCAGAACAAAGGGAAAUUUAUAUGACUAUGUAGGCAACAACCUCAAAUUAAUGUCUGGAAUUGACCUUUCAGCUAAUAGAUUAAUUGGUGAAAUUCCAUUCGAGUUGGGAAACUUGACUGAGAUAUAUGCAUUGAACUUGUCACAUAACAAUCUUAAUGGCACGAUCCUAGAAACAUUCUCAAAGCUAGGUAAUAUUGAGAGCUUGGAUCUUUCACACAACAUGUUGAGUGGAAAAAUUCCUAACACGUUGCUCAAGCUUAAAUGGUUGGAGGUAUUUACUGUUGCAUACAACAAUUUAACAGGUGCUAUACCAGAGCUAAAAGCUCAAUUUGCAACCUUUAAUGAAAACAGUUACGAGGGCAACCCUUAUCUUUGUGGGCCAACAUUACAAGUCAAUUGUAGCAGGACAGAGCAACCAUCAUCUCCAUUUCCAUUACUGUUUAACACUAACACUGAUUGUGCGAGUGAAGAAAGUAAUAAUGUUGAUAUGGAUGUCUUUUACAUCAGUUUUGGUGUAUCUUAUGUUGUGUUUUUGUUAGGUACCAUAGUGGUGUUUUAUAUAAAUCCCUAUUGGAGGGACUCCUUGUUUCAACUUAUUAAGGUCUAUGUAUGUAAGUGGUUAUGUCAAGGCAAAUAUUAAAUAUUCAUAGUCUUGUAUUUAGUUUGAUUAAAUGUAUUGUGAACAUGUAAAUCAAUCAUAAUAGAUGUGUUCAUUUGUGAA